AUGGGUUCGAAUGCGACGUCGACCGACGCCGAGCUAGGUCUAGAGUCAAACCUGACACUGGAAGCCGCCCCAUCAGAAGACUCACGGGUGGAGGAGAAGGCCACUGUGCUGAAGGUUGAGAAUGCCACCCCGGAGAAGAAGAAGGUCGACAAUAAAUUUAUCACCACUGCCCUCCGUCCCAUUUUCAAGUCCAGGACCCCGACGAAGACGAAGAAGAAGGUAUCGCUAUGGAUUAGGUGGACUUUGUGGUUUAACACGUACAGAAAGUUCUUCACAUUUACGUUCGGUCUGAACAUGAUAGGCUUAGGCUUAGCUGCCUCUGGUCAUUUCCCCUAUGCCAUCAAGUACUCUGGCGCUAUGGUCGUGGGUAAUCUGAAUUUUGCGAUUUUGAUGCGAAAUGAAAUAUUCGGUCGAAUCCUCUAUCUGUUUGUGAACACUUGUUUCGCGAAGUGGACCCCACUGCGGUGGCGUUUGGGUUGCACCUCUGUUCUGCAGCAUCUCGGCGGUAUACACAGCGGUUGUGCACUAUCGGGCUGCAUCUGGCUACUCUUCAAAGUCGUGGUCAUGUUCACCACGCUUGACGUUCAGCAUGACGCCGUACUCAUCAUGGGAGUGGUCACCAAUACCGCUGUUAUAAUCAGUGCACUCAGCGCCUUUCCCUGGGUCAGAAAUACACACCACAACGUGUUUGAACGCCACCACCGAUUUGCUGGUUGGAUCGGUCUUCUUUCAACAUGGACGUUUGUGAUUCUCGGAGACACUUAUAACCCCGUCACACGCCGAUGGAAUCUCGAUGGAGCAGCUCUCAUUCGACACCAGGAUUUUUGGUUUACGGCAGGAAUGACUAUCUUCGUUGCUCUCCCGUGGAUAUGUGUACGUGAAGUGAAGGUUGACAUCGAAUUGCCGUCGCCGAAAGUUGCCAUCAUUCGUUUCGAAAGAGGCAUGCAACAAGGUUUACUGGGAAGGAUUAGUCGGUCGUCAAUAAUGGAGUACCAUGCCUUCGGGAUUAUUUCGGAGGGAACGAAAGCCAAGUACCAUUAUAUGAUAGCAGGAGUGCAAGGGGACUUUACGAAGGGUCUUGUCAACGACCCCCCGAGGACACUGUGGACACGACAGGUUAAGUUUGCAGGUGUUUCCAAUACGUCCACGCUGUAUACGAGAGGUAUCCGCAUCUGCACAGGCACUGGGAUUGGUGCCGCUCUUUCGACUUGUAUCCAGUCUCCAAACUGGUUCUUAAUAUGGAUUGGUUCUGACCAAGAGAAGACGUUCGGACCCACCAUCAGCGGAUUAAUUCAUAAGAACAUUGAACCAGAGAGAUUCAUCCUUUGGGAUACCAAAGAGCGAGGCGGACGACCGGAUACCAUGAAGCUGCUCAAAGAGGUGUACGUCUCGUUUAAGGCCGAAGUUGUUUUCAUAACGUCAAAUUACAUCGGUAACACUGAAAUCAUGCAGGGGUGUAAAGAGGCUGACAUACAUGCCUUCGGGACGUUAUGGGACUUCUUAACACCGUAUGGCAGUAAUUCGUCUCGACCCGUUCCCGAUACUUUUUGCAUUUAUGUUGAGAUUUAA